UUCUGCAACUUGUUUGCAGGAGACAAGGACUGAUGUAUGGAGGCGGAGGGGGAGGACGAGAAGGAAAUGAAGAUGGUUCUUCAUUGUCCGCCGAUCCACCCACUGCCUGAAGAGAUAAAAAAGAUGGAGCACAGUGAGACGGUGUGUUCUUACUGUGGCAUAAGCUACCUCAUUUUCCACGAGUUCCACCAGCUCCAGACCCAAGUGGCUCAGCUUAAGGCUGAGCUCCAGGGAUUGAGAGAGAAAGCCAAGAGAGAGAAGGCCCAGCAAGAGGCACUGGAGCUGGGCAGGUUGGAAUGGGAGAGGGCAUUUCACCUGGAGGGGAGGAAACAGGUAGAGGUGAAAGAGAAAAGCAUCAGAACAGAGCUAGAAGAGAGGAUGAAAGACAUGGAGACCGCUUUGAGAGAGUUUGAGAUGAAUAGGAGAGAGAUGGAAGAGGAGUUCCAGAAAAGCAGUGAAGAAAACGAGAGACAAUUGAGAAGAGAGCUGGGAGACUCAGAGGCUGAGAGACUGAGGAAGCAGAGAGAAGAGCUGGAGGGUAGGGCCGAGGAGAGAGAGAAAGUUCAGAGUGACGCACUUCAAAAGGCCAAUAAAAAUGUAGACGAGCUGAGAAAAAACCUCCAACAGCUGGAAGAGAGGCUGGCACUAGCAGCUGCCACGAAAGAGGAAGCAGAGCAGUUACUUGGAAAGGAGAAGCAGAAAGGUGAAAUUCUGAGAGAUGUGUGUGUGCGACAGCAGCAGGCCCUGCGAUCGACUCUCUCCGUUCUCCGCUCCUCUUGCACUGAGCUCGCAGAUGUACAGGGUCUCCUCAGUCAGCUGAUGGGGGCCUGGCAGGUCUUCUGCUCUCAAAUGCUGCAGCAAUGUUCACAGAUUUUCUCAGCGCUGAGAGAAGAGCUGAGGCAUUCCAGUGUGGAGUUGCAGAAAGUCACAGAACAGAAAGAUCACCUAACUCAGCAGCUGAAGGAGCAGAAGAGACAGAGAGAGGCGCAGCUGUGCCAACUGAGAGACUCUGAGAAAGAGCACAGAGGAAAACUGUUCUGGUUAAAAGGGGAGUUGGAAGAAGAAAAGGAGAGUUUGUUGUCAUGCCAGCACAGGUGCAACACCUUACAAGAGCAGUUGACGUCACUGCACCAGAGAGAGGAACAAACGAACAGGAAGUGCCGCACAGCUGAAGAGGAAGUGACCCGAGUGGGGAAAGCUCUGGAGAAGGCUCAGCAGGAAAUGCGAGCGCUAAGGAGAGAAAGGCACAUUUUGAUACAGUCCCAUGAAAAGGAACUGAAACAGAUGGAGGAAUACUACAGAAAGGAAACAGCUCUCAAGUUGGCUUCUUCCCUGGAUGAGCAGAGAACCCAGAAUGCAUUGCACCUGAGGGAGCAGGCGGAGGAUCUUCGCAGGGAGGUGGAGUUAGAGCUGACAAUUGACAGGGAAAAGAACCAACUUCUGCAUCUGCAGCUUCAGCAAGACAACACACAGCUUCAGCUGAAGCUGGAAGAGAGAGAGAAAGAGCUGCAGAAACUACAAGAUAAGCUGCAGCAGGAGAGGAGGAGAAGAGAGGAGGAGAUACACCAGGAGCUUCAGCAAGAGGCAUCUCAGCUGAGCCAAGCUAAAGCUGAAUUACAGCUGAUGACUUGGAAGAAUGCUGAACUACAAGAAGAGGUGGUGUUACUCCAAGACACCGUAAGACGGGAGUGUGAGGAGAGGGAGGAGCUGACUGCUGUUUUGUCUCAAGCUCAAGAGGAGCUCCUUGGGCUGCGUUCCCUGGUGUUUCAUCAUGGAUCCUCCAGGUGCACUCCAGACCCCACGGAGAGACAAACUACCCCAGGGAACAAGAAUUUCCAUCUCUAUAGUCAAGCCAGGAUCCCCCUCACUCGCUCAUCAACCUCUCCAAACACACUCGGACCCUCCCUUGCAUUCACAGGCAAAGACAGAGGCUGGGCCAGAGACGGAGAAGAAACUUGGAAGAGUUCUUUGUCCUGUAAUAGUGGUGGUGUGUUAGGUAGAGAAAAGGGGCGAGAGCUGACACUGCCCAGACUGAUGGAGGGCGCUGUGAGCAAUGUCCAACAGAAGGUCAAUCUGAUGAUGGAGAAGAGGGAGAGGCUGUAAUUAACCAUAGACCAUGUGUGUUUAACACUUAUUGCUCCUGCUCAGGCAUAAUACAAUCAAUAAAGUUUUGUUUGGAAUUAUUA